AUGGCGGAGAUACAAAACAAAAGCAAGAUGGUGGAAAUACAAAACAAAAACAAGAUGGCGAACCGCAAUUUUUUGCAUGAACCGUCGGGCAUUGCGGCGCACGAUGGUAAGCGCCCUGACGGGUGUACCUUGAUCCCUUGGAGAGCCGGCAGGUGCUUGGCGUGGGACGUUACCGUUCCGGGCGCCUUUGCUGAGCGCUACGUGCAGCUUACUAGCAAAGAAAGCGGUUUGGCUGCAACCAGGGCAUCUGACGAGAAGAUCAAAAAGUACGACGGAGCUCUCCCCUCGAUGGAGUUUUUACCGAUUUGUAUCGAGCGGUUUUUGCGUGUCCGUGUGUUGGAAAAUGUGGAGUUGAAUGCCGACGAGGUUGAGUGA